ACACUUGAGAGAUUCUGAGAAAGAGAAGAUGCCUUGCCUCAACAUCUCAACCAACGUCAAGUUGGACGGUGUCGACACCUCCUCCAUCCUCUCCGAAGCCACCUCUACGGCUGCCAAUCUCAUCGGAAAAUCAGAGGCUUAUGUGAUGAUUGUGUUGAAGGGUUCAGUGCCAAUGUCAUUUGGUGGUAGUGAGCAGCCGGCUGCCUAUGGUGAGCUGGUAUCCAUUGGUGGCCUAAAUCCAGAUGUUAACAAGAAACUGAGUGCUGCAAUUGCUGCAAUUCUUGAAACCAAGCUAAAAGUGCCCCCGUCACGGUUCUUCCUCAAAUUCUAUGACACCAAGGGUUCCAACUUUGGAUGGAAUGGAUCAACCUUCUGAGUCUGGCGAUGUCUGAAUUUCUUAAAACAUCAAUAUUGUCUUUUCAGUUUGCUUUAUUUCUAUUGUGACUUUCCGAUGACAAAAUUCAGCAUGACACUUUAUGGCAUUAUGUUGUUUAUCUAUGUGUUUUCUUAGGAUAAUGAUAUGCAGACAUUGAUUGCACUAAUGUGGAACAA